GACAGUGCAGCUGAAGACGAUGAUCACAACACUCCUUCUCCCACCAUAAUUACCAUUUUACCGUUUCUCCAUUCAAUUUCCUUCUUCAAUGGCGUCGACCUACUGAAUCCCCCCCAAAUUUAUUAUGUCCUCCCACCCACCCUAUCUCGCUUGCUGUGGGGCAUUCUCCAUUUAAUCGCUUCGGCCCCUCUCCACCUCUGCUCGCAUAUGCUGAUUGUUGUCGUGGCGCCAACCCUUGGGAUAUUUUUUACAUGAUUUUAUUCCUCCAAUUCCUUCUCCUGCCCCACCUCGCGAUUCUUCCUCUGCCACUGUCGGUGCUGCCUCGUUGAUUUAUUCUGAUUUUUGGUCGCGAACUCAAAUGGACUGCUUCUCCUCUCCUCCUCCUCCGCCGCUGCUCGCUGCUGCAUCGCCUCUUUGCAGCCCGCUCAACAUGUCGUCGUCCACGCCUUCCCACCAUAUGAAUCGCACUUCAUCAGAUUUGGUGAAAGAAAUCACUACACUCGAUGUUGAAAUAGUGCGUUUGGAACAGUAUCUUCUUUCUCUCUAUCGUACAUCAUUCCAGAAAACUAGACUAAGUAAUCCAGGAGACCAACAAAUGACUGGAAUACAGCCAAGUGUUACAUCUGAUCAAUCAUCCCAGAGAAUAAAGUCAGAAAUGUCCAAAGACUGUUAUGAACAUCAAGGAUAUUUAUCCCCCACUAGUGCCUUAACUGGACCAAAUGAUAUGGUUCCAUUUACUACUCCAAAGUCAUCAUCUGAAAGGGAAAGGAAGAGUGUUUAUCGUACAUCUCUCCAGAAAACUAUCCCAAGUAAUCCGGGAGACCAACAAAUGACCGGAAUACAGCCACGUGUUUCAUCUGAUCAAUCAUCACAGAGAACGAAAGAUUAUUAUGAACAUCAAGGAUAUUUAUCCCCCACUAGUGCCUUAACUGGACCAAAUGAUAUGGUUCCGUUUACUACUCCAAAGUCAUCAUCUGAAAGGGAAAGGAAGAGUGUUUAUCGUACAUCUCUCCAGAAAACUAUCCCAAGUAAUCCGGGAGACCAACAAAUGACUGGAAUACAGCCACGUGUUUCAUCUGAUCAAUCAGCACAGAGAACGAAAGAUUAUUAUGAAAAUCAAGGAGAUUUAUCCCCCACUAGUGCCUUAACUGGACCAAAUGAUAUGGCUCCGUUUACUACUCCAAAGUCAUCAUCUGAAAGGGAAAGGAAGAGUGUUGUUUAUUUUAGACGACGUUGUCUUGCAGAGCAUCUUGGUAAUUUUUGCAUUGAUGAUUCCUGCAUUUUCCCGGAUAAGCUAUCUGAAGGUAUCCUAAGGUGUAUAUCUGCCAUUUACUGCAAACUGGGCAGCUCCACACGAAGUCAUAAAGGGUAUUCAGUUUCUUCAAAUUCAUCGUUCUGGUCCUCAAGCACUUUUUCUCCCAGAAACUUAUCUGGCAAUUGGAGUCCUCAGUGUAAUGAUGAAGUUUCUGAGAGUUACACUAUUGAAGGUCUGAAACAAGAUAAUGGACCUUAUGCUGCAAUGGUUGAAGUCCUGAAGAUAUGCUUAGAUGGCGAGAGUUACAGUCACGCUGCCAUAAUGCUUCAGAAGUUUAGGUCUCUAGUCAAAAGUCUUGAGAAUCUUGACCCGAGGAAGAUGAGGCGCGAACAGAAGCUUGCCUUUUGGAUUAAUAUUCACAAUGCAUUGACGAUGCAUGCUCAUUUAGCAUAUGAAACUCAAACCUAUACAAAAAGCACUGCCAUCACAAAGGCUGUGUAUAAUGUGGGUGGGCAUAGCAUUAAUGCUUACGACAUACAAAGCUCCAUUUUGGGAAUAAAAUCUCACUAUUCUGCUCCGUGGCUUCAGACACUUCUCUCUCCGGGGAGGAAAUUCAAAAAUGGGAUCUCAAGACAUGUCUAUGCUAUUGACUAUCCUGAACCUCUGGUUCAUUUCGCACUUAGCUCAGGAGCACGCUCUGACCCUGCGAUUCGCAUUUACAAUGCAAAGAGUAUAUUUGAGGAUCUGAAUAUUGCCAAAGAAGAGUUCAUACAAGCUACAGCGUAUGUCCAUAAGCAGAAAAGGCUGUACCUGCCAAAAAUCUUGCACUAUUAUGCCAAGGAUAUGUCACUUGGCAUGUCUGCACUUCUGAAAGUUGUUAGUGACUGCCUACCUGAAUAUCAGCAGAAGGUGAUCGACAGAUUCGCAAAGAGUCGACCUGAAAAGUGCGUAUGUUGGCUAGAGGAAAACUCGUCUUUUCGGUAUUUGAUCCAUAAGGAAGUAACUGAAAUGGCAUGGGGAUGACUUCAUCAGUUUUUAAAGAUUAUUAUGAUGUCUUGGUUUGCAUUUUUGGAGGUUUUCUGUACAGUGAGAUUGUCAAAGUGUGACUGAGAUUUUAUUGGCUUUUUUAUAGAGAGAAAAUAUCUGCUCUGCUUGAGAGGUUGUGGAGUAUAAACUAGUCCUUUUCUUUCAGUUAUACUCCAUAUGGUUUGUGGAAUUGUAUGACCUCAACUUUAUUUGCGUUAGUUCCAUCAGCAUGUAGUUGAUUGAUUAUAUAUGACAUCAUCAAAUUAUUACUGUACUA